UCUGUGUUGUUGACGACGGUGGCGGUGUUGUUGGCGCAACGAAAACUCGUAUUAGAUUGGCGGUGCUGUUCUAGUCGUUGUCGUUGUAGACCGGACUUCUCUCAAUUAUGUCACUACAUUCGCAUCCGCGGCUGCUUCGCUAAAAGAGAUCGGUGGGCAAUCAUCAUCAUCAUCACCACAGAAGAUCGAGACUUUCGCGGCUGCGGAUGAAAAAGAAAGGAGAUCGGUCCCCUCAGGUUGUUGACAGAAGUGCGAUAUUUCCCUCUUGGCCGCGAUUCUUCGGCUGUACCGUAUCUGUCUAUCCGUCUAUCUCUCUCUUUUCUCCCUUCUCCCUCUUGUAUUCUGUCUCCUUGCUCCCUCUCUCGCGCUCUUAUUCCGUCAUCGUUGUCACUUUUCGCCUCACUCGUCAAAAGCGCGUACUUUUCAGCGCGUUUAGCGUUUCGCUCGCCAGGUCGGAGAAAAAAAAUAGUGUUGUAGCUUGUAAAGAGAGAGAGAGACGUCGUAAAACACCUCGUUAAAUGUGCUCGUCCGUCAUCAGUCCUCUCUACGCUGUCUCCGCGAGUAUGAUUCGGCAGUGAUUGCACUCGUCUCUUGAUACGGCAAACUACGGUGAUCCGCGAUCAUCGGCUAUUCCCGAUAUACCUAAAUGUGUGCUUGCUACGCUUAAAAAGAAGCAGCGGUAUCAAUGUGUACGCGGCGCCACGCGCUUAUCGUAGCAGCAUCGUCGGGAAGGCAUUAACUGGGAGGGAGAGGACCCUUGAGGACGCGUUGAGACCGAAAAUUCGACAUGAUGAAGAGCAGUGCUCUGAUGAAGAAGGAGAGCAAGAUGCGCAUACGUGCUUUUCCGACUACUAUGGAUGAAAAGUAUGUAGAAAGCAUUUGGGCUUUGUUAAAAAGUGCUAUCCAAGAAAUACAGAAGAAAAAUAACUCUGGCCUCAGUUUUGAAGAACUUUACCGCAAUGCUUACACAAUGGUUCUUCACAAAUAUGGUGAGCGUUUGUAUACAGGAUUGAAAGAAGUUGUCACACAUCAUCUUGAAAACAAAGUGCGGGAAGAUGUUCUUCGAUCUCUACAUAAUAACUUCCUGCAAACUUUAAAUCUUGCCUGGAAUGAUCAUCAAACAUCAAUGGUGAUGAUUAGGGACAUAUUGAUGUAUAUGGACAGAGUGUAUGUUCAACAGAAUGAUGUAGACAAUGUGUAUAAUCUUGGAUUAAUUAUUUUUCGAGAUCAGGUCGUUAGAUAUGGAUGUGUCAGAGAUCAUUUACGUGAGACAUUAUUAGGUAUGGUUGCAAGGGAAAGAAGAGGAGAAGUUGUAGAUCGUAGCGCUAUAAAAAAUGCCUGCCAAAUGCUAAUGUUACUUGGAAUUAAUAGUCGUCAAGUUUAUGAAGAAGAUUUUGAAAGGCCUUUUUUACAGCAAAGUGCUGAGUUUUAUAGAAUGGAAUCUCAAAAAUUUUUGGCAGAAAACAGCGCCUCAGUAUACAUAAAAAAAGUUGAAGCUAGAAUUUGUGAAGAAUCUGAAAGAGCGAAACACUAUUUAGAUGAAUCCACCGAACCACGAAUAGUAGAAGUUGUAGAAGAAGAAUUAAUCAAAAUCCACAUGAAAACCAUUGUUGAGAUGGAAAACAGUGGUGUAGUACACAUGCUCAAAAAUCAGAAAACAGAAGAUCUUGGUUGUAUGUAUAAAUUAUUUUCAAGAGUGUCGGACGGAUUACGCACCGUAUGCGAUUGUGUAUCUCAAUUUCUUAGAGAGCAGGGUCGAGCUUUGGUGCAAGAAGAGCAUGAAUCAACCACAAACGCUGUUCUUUAUGUCCAAAACUUGUUAGAUUUAAAGGACCGUUUUGAUCAUUUUCUACAUUAUUCUUUCAAUAAUGAUAAAAAUUACAAACAAAUGAUAGCAUCGGACUUUGAAUACUUCCUUAAUUUAAAUCCUAAAAGUCCAGAAUAUCUCUCACUCUUUAUUGAUGACAAACUGAAAAAGGGUGUUAAAGGAAUGACGGAACAGGAGAUCGAAGGAAUUUUAGAUAAAACCAUGGUCUUAUUCCGUUUCUUACAAGAAAAAGAUGUAUUUGAACGGUACUAUAAACAACACUUAGCCAAGCGAUUAUUGUUGAAUAAGUCUGUUUCAGAUGAUAGUGAAAAAAAUAUGAUAUCCAAACUUAAGACUGAAUGCGGAUGUCAGUUUACAUCAAAGUUAGAAGGCAUGUUUAAAGAUAUAACAGUCAGUAACACAAUUAUGGAUGAAUUUAAGGAUCAUGUUCUUACAUCUGGUACCAAUCUGCAUGGUGUAGAUAUAAGUGUUCGGGUGCUCACAACUGGAUUUUGGCCGACGCAAUCGGCCACCCCAAAGUGCAGUAUGCCCACUGCACCGCGCGAUGCCUUCGAUGCCUUCCGGCGCUUUUAUCUGGCUAAACAUAGUGGUCGACAAUUGACAUUACAGCCUCAAUUAGGCUCCGCUGAUCUAAAUGCUAUAUUCCAUGGUCCACGAAGAGAAGAAAGUAGUUGUGGAGGCUUAGAUACUCCAUCAUCUUCGAGUUCUAUAGGGAAUGGUAGUAGUGCAAGUGGCAGCUUAGUAAGCCAGCGAAGCAGUGCAUGUAGUACACCACGAAAGCACAUAAUACAAGUUUCGACUUAUCAAAUGUGUGUGUUAAUGCUCUUUAAUAAAAGAGAAAGACUAACUUAUGAGGAAAUUCAAGGUGAAACCGAUAUUCCAGAGAGGGACUUGGUCAGAGCAUUACAAUCUCUCGCAAUGGGUAAAGCUUCACAAAGAAUUUUACUUAAACACCCUCGUACCAAGGAAAUUGAACCUUCACACUGUUUCUGCGUAAAUGAUAGUUUUACUAGCAAAUUACACAGAGUGAAGAUCCAGACUGUAGCAGCGAAAGGAGAAUCUGAACCUGAAAGAAGAGAAACGCGCAAUAAAGUUGACGAAGACCGAAAACAUGAAAUUGAAGCUGCCAUCGUGCGGAUUAUGAAAGCUCGAAAGCGUAUGCCUCAUAACAUACUUGUAACAGAAGUAACAGAGCAGUUAAGAGGUCGAUUUUUGCCUUCACCUGUAAUAAUUAAAAAACGAAUCGAAGGUUUAAUCGAACGAGAGUAUUUGGCUCGUACACCGGAAGAUCGAAAGGUGUAUACAUAUGUUGCUUAAUGCUGAAUUCAAUAUUGGAUGUGUACAAACAUGUAAGUAAUUUGUAAUAAUAUAUAUUCUCUCUUAUUGCAAAUUAAUGGUUCUUCAUAUUUUUUUUUCACCGAAUCGUGAUAUCAUUAUUACACUAUUGUCAUUUGUAGUGUCAUUAUUGUUAUGUCAUUAUCUUUAUGUUUUUAUUUUCAUUUUUUGUUUAUUGGAUUGUCAUAUCCAAGGGAUGUUUCAUCUAACAAGGAAACAAUAUUUCAAACAAGAACUUUAGAUUCUGAUAAUUGGGUUACUUUAAAACAGACUUUAUAUUCUAUACUAUUCUUUGCAGAAAUACUCAAUUGUAAAAUUAUUGAAAAUUAUAAAAUAUCGACGAUAUAUUACGAAUAUAAUAUAAUUUUUAUUUUAAUGAUAUAAUCAUUAUAUGUACAAUCAUUAUAUGUAUCUUCUUUAUUAUAUGUAAAAGAUCAAAUAAAGACAGAGACAAUGUAUUACAUGUUAUAGAGGGCUGAAAAAAUUAUAUAAGAUGUUUAUUUUAUUGAUAUUGUUUUAUAUACAGACAACAUUUUAAAAUGUCAUUUGGAAUUUAUUAAUUGCUUUUAUAUACAGUGUCUGUGUUACAAAUAAUUGGAUAUAAAAUAUCUUAUACUCUUGUUGCAAUGGAACAUCCCUAUAUUUGAGAUGAAUGGCAAGAUAUUUUUUUUAUAAUUGACUAGUUUGGUGGAAAAGGUCAAUGUGUAUAUCAAAAGAAUGAUACCUAGGUUUAAAUUAGGGAAGCGCAUUAAUUUUUUGUAAUAAUGGAUAUCAUAUAUAUCAGGUCUCUAUACUCUUCACACAUUUCAAUUAUGUGUGCGUUUGAUUGACUUACACUUGUAUUACAAUACAUGUGUUAUACAUAUGAGUAUUCAUUCUAAUAAAUGUGUAUUCUAAAUUAGAUAAACUUUAGUUAAACAACGUGCGUUUCUAAUAAUGCAAAAUAUAAUUAAGUUGAUAAAGAAUUUAAUGAUUUACAUUAAAAUAAUAUUGCAAUUAGGAAUUUUCUACACUUGUAAGACUGUGAUUGUCUACGAUAGCAUAAAUAUUAUUCAGAUAUAUCGUGAAUUUAGAAAGAAAAAAAAUAGUAUUUACAUAUAGUUUUAUUUACGUUGAUGUCUAUCAAUUAUAUAUGUAAAUAAGCGAUGUGUGAAUGUAUUACUAAAAAUAUACUUGUCUCUCAUUUUUUUCCAACA